AUGAGGUUGGAUAUCAAGAGGCAACUCUUCGCCCGCUCCGAGCGAGUGAAGGGCAUUGACUUUCACCCUACAGAGCCAUGGAUCUUGACAACAUUAUACAGCGGUCACGUAUACAUCUGGUCGUAUGAAACUCAGUCAAUUAUCAAAACUUUCGAAUUGACCGAUGUCCCCGUUCGGGCUGGGCGAUUCAUCGCCCGCAAAAACUGGAUUGUUUGCGGUUCAGACGACUUUCAGCUCCGUGUCUACAAUUACAACACCUCCGAGAAGAUUGCCUCCUUCGAGGCGCACCCAGACUAUAUCCGCUCUAUCGCUGUUCAUCCUACUCAGCCAUUCGUUCUUACAGCUUCCGAUGACAUGACGAUUAAACUGUGGGAUUGGGAGAAGGGAUGGAAGUGCGUACAAGUCUACGAGGGUCAUAGCCACUACGUGAUGGGGCUCGCUAUAAAUCCCAAGGACACAAACACUUUUGCUUCCGCCUGUCUGGAUCGGACCGUCAAGAUAUGGAGCUUGGGUUCACCGCACGCCAACGUCACGCUCGAGGCUCACGAAACAAAAGGUGUCAACUAUGUCGAUUACUACCCUCAGGCCGACAAACCGUAUCUCCUCACCACUUCAGAUGAUAAGACCGUAAAGGUCUGGGAUUACACCACAAAGGCACUCAUUGCGACUCUAGAAGGACACACCAGCAAUGUAUCUUUCGCCUGCUACCACCCGGAAUUGCCCGUCAUCAUUUCCGGUUCUGAAGAUGGUACCAUCAAGAUAUGGCACGCAAACACAUACCGACUGGAACAGUCUCUAAGCUACGGCCUGGAAAGAGCUUGGUGUGUUUCUUACCAACGUGGAAAGCAAGGCGUUGCACUGGGUUUCGACGAUGGUGCUGUGGUUGUGAAGAUGGGCAGAGAAGAGCCAGCUGUUUCUAUGGACGGAUCGGGCAAGAUAGUUUGGGCACGACACAAUGAGGUUGUGUCCACAGUCAUCAAGGGUGGUGACGCGAGCAUCAAGGACGGGGCCCCAAUCUCUUUGCCCACCAAGGACCUCGGCUCAUGCGAAGUGUAUCCCCAGACAUUGUCCCACUCGCCCAACGGCCGCUUCGUUUCCGUGUGUGGGGACGGCGAAUAUAUCAUUUACACCGCUCUUGCCUGGCGAAACAAGGCCUUUGGGCAGGCUCUGGAUUUCGCUUGGGGCUCAAAGGACAAUAGCAAUGAUUAUGCUAUCCGGGAAUCGCCCACGAGCGUCAAGAUUUUCAAGAACUUCAAGGAGGUGAGCGGCGGGCUCGACGUAGGCUUUCAGGCGGAGGGGCUUACUGGCGGCGUCCUCCUGGGUGUUAAAGGACAAGGGGGUAUUGGUAUGUUCGAUUGGGAAUCUGGAAACUUGGUCCGACGGAUUGAGGUUGAACCUAGAUCUGUCUACUGGUCUGAGUCCGGAGAGCUGGUCACUCUCGCCUGUGAUGAUUCAUUCUACGUUCUUAGAUUCUCUCGCGAGAAUUACGUUAAUGGUCUGAAUGCAGGCGAAGCGGACGAGGAUGGUGUCGAGUCCGCAUUUGAAGUCGUCACCGAUGUCAAUGAGUCUGUCAGGACAGGUCAAUGGGUCGGAGACUGCUUCAUCUACACAAACUCCACAAACCGCCUGAACUAUCUUGUCGGUGACCAGACGUAUACCGUGUCACACUUUGACCAGCCAAUGUAUGUCCUCGGAUAUCUUCCACGCGACGGCCGAGUCUACAUUGCCGACAAGGAUGUCAAUGUCGUGUCGUUUGCCCUGUCUCUCAGCAUGGUCGAGUACCAGACAGUCGUUCUGCGCGGUGACAUGGAUCUUGCCGCAGAAUUGCUCCAGGAAAUCCCACAAGAUCAGAUGAACAAGGUGGCUCGAUUCCUCGAAGGCCAGGGAUACAAAGAGAUGGCCUUGGAAGUCGCAACAGACCAAGAACACCGCUUCGAUCUCGCACUCGCUCUUAACAACCUCGAAAUCGCCCUUGACAUUGCCCGCGAGGCCAACGUGGAACACAAGUGGAAGAUUGUCGGUGACGCCGCUCUGUCAGGCUGGAACUUGUCUCUGGCCCAAGAAUGCUUCAUCAACGCCAAGGAUAUCGGCUCUCUCCUCCUGCUGCACACUGCUAGCGGUAACAAGGAAGGUCUGCAAACGCUGGCCGAGCAAGCCUCUGGUGCCGGUCUUCACAACGUAGCAUUCUCCACACUGUGGUCUCUUGGAGAUGUCGACGGCUGCAUUGACCUCCUCGUCCGCACUAAUCGCCUCGCCGAGUCCGUUCUUCUUGCUCAAACAUACAAGCCAUCCCGAGCACCGGAGCUUGUGGUCAAGUGGAAGGAAUCCCUGGAGCAGACUGGAAAGUCCAAGAUCUCCCGGCUCAUUGGUGUUCCUCCUGGUGCCCCUGACGUUGUGGCAGAUGAUGAUUUGUUCCCUGAAUGGGAGGAAUACAUCCGUCUCGAGAAAGAGGGCAUUGUUGCUGAGCCAGCAUCAUCCGGUUCUCUGAUUGACGUUGAAGCAGAGGAGAUUGAGCCCGAGACGAAUGGUGCACAAGAGGUGGAAGCGGAGGCUUGA